AUGACCGCCGAGCCGCCUCCGUCUUCCGAAAACCCUGACGCCAUGCGCGACUCCUCCCUCCGCGUCCGUCUUCUGGACGAAAAGCCCUCGGCCGACGCCAAGCCUCCGACCGACACCGAGGUCCGUCGCACUGUCCUCGUCUCCCUCGCCGUCUGCUCGUUUUACAUCGUCAUUUCCUCCUCCAUGGUCUUUGUCAACAAGGCCCUCUCCUACACCUACCAUUUCAAAACCACAAAUGUUCUCCUCCUCUUCCAGAUGCUCUUUACUGUGGCCCUCCUCCGGUUUCUCCGAGAUGUCCUUCACCUCAUCGAUUUUGCAAACUUUGACCUUGUAACAGCCAGGCAAGUGGCCCCCGUCAGUAUUUUCUAUUCCCUCAAUGCAGCUGUUGCGCUCGUCGCCCUGCGCGAGCUUUCUGUUCCGAGCUAUACGCUGAUCAAGCGCCUCGCCCCGCUUCUCACCGUCUUUCUGGAGGCUCUGCUUUUACACAGAUUUGCAACCCGGGCUAUCGUCAUAUCCCUUCUCGUCAUGUCAUCGGGUACCGUUCUCGCUGCCAAUGCAGACCUUUCAAGUUCUAAUUUUGCUUGGCUUCUGGGCUUCGCUUCCUGCUUCUUCCAGGCACUGUACCUUACAUUUGUCAAGCGAUCCGGCGUGGAUACAGGCAUGAACUCCUUUGGCAUCCUCUACUACCACAGCAUUCUUUCCUUGCCAUGCAUUAGCUGCAUUGCUCUUGCUGUCGGCGAGAUCUCUCCUGCACUAGCUUUUGAAAACUGGACUUCCCCAUCCUUCUUGGUCGUACUUGUCGCUUCAUUGUUCAUGGGCUUGUUACUGAACUAUGCUCUCUUCCUCUGCACGGAGCUCACUUCACCAACUAGUACGGUCGUAUCUGGACAAGUUAAGGCCAUGGCCCAAACUGCUAUAGGCACGUUUACGUUCGGCGGUGUCGACAUGAAUUCGCGCUACCUCGCUGGCACCAUGCUCAACAUUACAGGUGGCUUCAUGUAUGCAUUUGCCAAGCUCAGGUCGAUACGAGAACGCUCAUAG